AAUUGGUCAAACAAAUAUACCGCGGCUGUUGCGCAGAAUCGAGUGGCUUGCAAGUAUCAGGUGUUGAGUAAAACUCACGACUAAAUAUAUACAUCGAGGCACGCGGUCUCUCAAUCCAUUUGGAUUUUUAGUGUAAAUCUCAAAGCCUACACUGACAAAACAUCAUUUCGACUAUUCAAUCAUAAAUCCAUUCAUUUCAUUUCAUUUAAAUCGUAAAUUUUUCUCUUAACUCCGCUAAAUCAACCAAUACCACAUACUGUCAAUUAAUUCUACUAAAAAUUGAGUAAAUUUUAUUUAUAUAAUGAAGAAAUGUGUAAAGUGCUCUGCCAAGUGAUUUGAUCUAUCAAUAACGCACCAGUGUCUCUAGUUAAUUUUUUUUUAAUUAUCGAUCGGUCGGUUAUUAAAUGUUCAGAGUAAAAAAUGGAUCUAAAAAAUUCGGAGAAUUUCUCGUCGAGUACGUCACCGCUCACCCAGCGAUUGUUCAUCAAACAAGAUCCACAGGAUGAAGAGGCAUCAGAUUGUCCACUCCUCACCCCAAGUCCACCACUCGGUAACACACCAGAUCCUCUUGAAACUCCAACAAUGUUUAAUCCACUCGAGGAGACCCCCUUAGAAAUUACACCCACACCCACCCUGGAUAAUUUAAACUCUGAAGAUGGUCUCAAGGCAUUCAUCGACAUUGUCAACAGCAACAACAAAAAGCACAUGGUUGAAGAAGAGCCUAGUUCACGAGACCCCAUGGUGGAGUCGAGCAGUAGCGAGGAAAGCAGUAGUAUUACCAAGGAACCAGUUUGCACCCAAUUGUUAACGCAAUUGAAUACUGCCUAUCAACAUUUAGCUCCAGAUGCACAAGCCAUUUUCUAUAACCAAGAGACCAGUGGUAAACCACCACUCGUUGGAAUUCAACUGGUUGUGCCAAAACCACCUAAGGAUUACAGUUUUACAAGAUGGAAUUGGCCAAGAAUACGUCAGGCGUGCUUUUGGUUGAUGGUCUGUGUAUUGACGUUGAGCACGGGACUUGUCAUCAGAGGAAUUGUUUCAAUGCCCAAAAAGUGCGCACCGCCCACCGAAUGGUGGCAAGGCAAACUUUUCUACGAGAUAUUCCCGGGUUCAUUUCAAGAUACCUCUCGAAAUGGUGUCGGUGAUAUACGAGGUAUCACAAUGCGCAUGGAUUAUCUUAAAAAUUUGGGUGUUAAAGCAAUUCGCUUGAACUCUAUAUUCUCUUCAUCUGGAUAUCCAGAGCACUAUCCAAGCAUAACGAGUCUCACACGAAUCGACCACAACUUGGGAUCGGUAGAGGAUUUUCAGGAACUAGUUGAUACUCUUCAUAGAAAUGGAAUGAGUUUGAUUCUGGAUUUUCCUCUCCAUCCUUUCGUCGAUGAAUUGAGAGGAGGAUUGAUGAAAAGGACAGAACCCAAGUCACAAGGGGCGGAGAUGAAAGAGGGAAGACGCCGUAGGCAUAUCGAUAUUAAACAUGCAAUACCACAAUCUCCAAUUCACAACACAACGGACCAAAUUCAGACACCAUUGACACUAUCUUUAAGGGAAAACAUGACUAGGGAUGAGCCAAAAUCCGAGCGAUACGUGGCAUCCAACUCUGUAGAUCCUAAUCAAGCUGAGCACGAAGUAACAAAGGCACUCAAGUACUGGUUACGAAAAAGGGUUGAUGGAUUUUAUCUGAAGGGACUGGAACACUACGUUAAUGACAUUCACUUCGUUCACCUCCUCGAGGACUGGAGGGAUAUCCUGGGAUAUCAGAAAAUUUUAAUUUGCAAUUGGAAGACCCUUGAGUCUGCUAAAUCGGAGGUGGUGAGAAAGAGUAUCGUCGACUCGAUGAAUUUAUUGGACGUGACGCUGAAGUUGUCAAAUGGUACGAGGGAUAUCAAGAGGCAGGUAGAACUUAUUACCAAGAGUGAGCUGUUGAGGGAGCCCAGCCUCGAUCAUCCUUGGAUACACUGGUCUAUUGGCAGUAUCGAGACUGAUAGGAUUACUUCAAGUUUAUCGGUUAAAAAUGCAACCGCUGCGGCCAUGCUCCUGGGGAUGAUGCUACCUGGGACGCCUAGCAUUUUUUAUGGGGAUGAGCUAGGCAUGAGGGAUUGCAGUUGUGAAGAUCAUCGUGACCUACAACAUUUGCACAAUGUUCCCCCGAUGCCCUGGGAAGCAGUUAAGGAUUCAAUGGAGAGAUUUUCAUCGUCAAGCGUGAUGCCUUGGCUACCAGUUUCACCCCCAGCCACCCCCACCAGCAUGAACAGUGCAAUUGUUUCAAUGUCCCAUUUGCGACAGAUCACUACACCUAUAUUUGUUGACAGUGCCCUCAAGCACGAUCAUAUCAGUCUCAAUUGUGACAUCAGAUAUGCUAACGAUGAACUCAUUGUAAUUGAGAGAUGGUAUCCACGCCAGAAUACUUAUGUUCUCGUCGCCAAUCUGGGAAAUGUGACGCAAUUGAGAGAUUUGUCUUCGCUUUAUUACGAUGGGCGAGUUGUCAGUGGUCCCCUUAACAAAUUAAAUCAGAGUAUUUACUUUAGGGAAUUCGUCAUUGCACCUGGUGAAGCAUUUUUAAUAAAACUCGAAAAAUGACCCAUUAUUUAUAUAUAAAUAGAAAAUGUAAGAGGGUAAUUUGAAAUGUAAGGAGUUGUGGGCAAAUUUAUGCAUUCCUCGGAGUUUUUCCAAAGGCCGUUUUUGUUUUUAAUGAGUCGUUAUCAAGUAAUUGCCCUUUGGAAUGCUGAUUUUGCUGAUGUGACCGCACUAUUUGUUACGAUUGCACAUUUUCAUAAUUUGCUCAAUAUUUUCGUAAUAAUCUGAUGAUCAGUACUGCUCGAGCCAGUGAAACAAAUAUGAUAUUUCAAUAAUUAUUACGUGUCAGUGCUCAAUCAAAGGGACAUUGAUUUUUAUUUUAAUAUUUACGUGACAUGUUUUUUUUUUUACUCAUGAUGAAAAUUUUGAAAUUUAAACGAUCAAUAAAUUAAUCAAUAUCUUGAUACUGAUCAGACUUGGUGUUCGAUAAAAUAUCUGUAUUUCUGAUGAAUCAUUAACUUUUAAUAAUUUAUUAUUGCGAAAUAAAUUGA